GUUUCUACCGGCUGAAUUUCACCGACAAACCGGGUGUUGAGCAAACAUGGCAGCGACCUUGUGGAUCCGCCGAGACUCUGGUGUGAAUCAUAACUGAGAAGAUAUGAAGUAUACGUUUAUAUUUUAUAUAUAGAAUUAAAUUCUAGAAUCGGCAUGUUCUCAACGUUGAAGCACGCGUUUCUGGGCUUUGUCCGGACAUCAAGCCAGCCAGCAGAUGUGCUGCAAAAUAACCUGAAGGUCUUGGCAGCAGGAUUGAGAACUUACGAAGUUCCACCAGACUUCAGCGACGUGGUUCUACCAGACAAGCCUAAACUGAAGUUCCUCGAAAAGGUCCCAAACUUAAAACAAGCAAAGAAGGAGAUGAAGAAGCUGCGUGACAUCCAGGGACCGGCCAAAAGCACAAAUACGUUCAGCGAAGGACAGUAUGGGAUCGUGGCUCUGGGUGGAGGUUAUUUGCACUGGGGUCACAUGGAGAUGAUGCGUCUCACCAUCAACCGCCGCAUGGAUCCCAGCACCACGUUUGCUGUGUGGCGCAUCAAUGCCCCGUACAAGCCCAUCACCCGUAAAGGCCUGGGUCAGCGCAUGGGCGGCGGGAAGGGUGCCAUCGAUCACUAUGUGACUCCGGUGAAAUGCGGCCGGUUGGUGGUGGAGGUCGGAGGUCGCGUUGAGCUGGGUGAGGUGGAGGCUGUGCUCAAAGAAGUGGCCAAGAAGCUUCCCUUUCCAGCCAAGGUGGUGAGCAGAGAGAGUCUGGCCGCACUGUAUGAGGAACAGGCCGAACGGGCUGCCAACAACCAGAACCCCUGGACCUUCCAGAGAAUCGCUCGCUCCAACAUGCUGGGAAUCCGCAAAGUCCUGAGCCCGUUUGACAUGCACAAUCACGGACGCUACACUGGGAAGUUCUUCAACCCCAAACGGGUGUAGCGUAUUUGAGAGAUAACGUUGCUGAUCUACAGUGUCAGCACAGAUGAAGACAGACUCUCUCCUCAUGGGCAGGAAGUGGUCUGCUAACAUUCAGAAUACUUUAAUAGACAGCAGAUUGAUAUCUGCUGCUUUGAGUGUUCUGUCAUUCACUUAUCAGGCGUCUUCUGCAACACUUUGCAGUUUUGAUGAUAAAAGUGUGUCAUUCUGGAAAGGUUACAUUAACAUAGAGGGAGCACCUGUUUACUUGAUGCAUUCUUUUAUCAAACGAGCAGUUAUGUGUAAAUGUAAUGUCUAAAUGUUAAAGACAUAUUGGUGACAAUAAACAUUUCUUUGCA